CAACUGCGUGAUCUGGACCAGACGGGCAGAGGCAGCGGGACCUGCACUUCAGAGGAAUUACUUUGCGCAUUUUACCCUCAACCGGACCAAGAGUGGCUGGACAACAGAUCGGCUGACCAGAAAACACGUGGGCCGAGUAGUGUGAAGAUAUCCGGUUUGUUCAUUGUACGGAGAGCCAAUAACUCCGGGAGUGUCUCCGCUAUGGUGAUCCGAGUCAGCUGUAGCCUGGACAAAAAGGCGCUGUUACGGGGAGGGAACUGAAAAUGUCCAUGAAGGGAGCCUUGAUGUGGGCAGUAUGAGUAAGACGCCCCCUACCAGAAGAGGGAUAACAUUUGAGGUGGGAGCUCAGCUUGAGGCCAGAGACAGCCUCAAAAACUGGUAUGCUGCCAACAUAGAGAAGAUUGACUACGAAGGUGAAAAGGUACUGAUCCAUUACCGUCAGUGGAGCCACCGGUACGACGAGUGGUUUGACUGGGCGAGUCCCUAUCUGAGACCUGUGGAGAGGGUUCAGCUGAGGCGGCAGGGCCUGCAGGACGACGCCCCUGUACCUGGCUUUCACCUGAAUGACAAGGUCCUUGCUAGCUGGUCUGACUGCCGUUUCUACCCCGCUAAGGUCAUUUCGGUCAAUAAGGAUGCUUCCUACACUGUGAAGUUCUAUGAUGGUGUUAUCCAGAAAGUGAAGGGAAUACACGUGAAGCCUUUUAUUAAAGAGAGAGGUGGUGCAGGUGGAGGGAAGUCUCGGUCCGCUGAAAGGAACAUGGUAAGGAGGGCCCCAAACCGCAAAGACAGGAGGCCUCAAGAGAACGGAGGCCCUAAGAACAAGCGAGCCAGAAGCAGCACUUCCGACCAGGAGGAGGACAGCAACAGUGAGGACGAGGAGCAGGAACAGGCGAUGGUUAACGAGAAGAGCAAGAAAACAAAUGGUGAAGUAGACACUGCACCUACUAUAAAACAGGAAGAGGAAAUAUCACAGCAAGUAGACCAGAACAAGUCCAUGGAUGCAGAGAAGGUGACAGGACUCACAAAUGGGGUGAAGGUGGAAGAAGACGAUGAGCAAAACGAGGAAAGAUGCCACGUAAAUGGAGAGGUAAAGAAGGAAGAGAUGGAAUUAGAACGGAGUGGAACAAAGCCAUACACAGAGUCACCCAAGCCAUACACAGAGUUGCCCGCUCAGACGUCAGCACAGACGGAGCAGGUGUCUAUCACUAUGACAACCACAGAACCCAAUGGAGAUGUGGAGCAGAAGGCAAACAUCCAAUCAGAAAGCUCUCAGCCUGCAGUGGAUGUGCCACCUCCCCAGCCUGUGAAACCGGUAAGGAAGCAGGGCUUCCACAACCCCAACAGAUUCAGCAGAGAACCAUUGUACCGAGUUAUCAAAAACCAACCACCCCCCGUCCUGUCCAUCAACCUCGACCACAACCCAUUCAAGUGCAGCGCUCCUGGCUGCACAAAGUCAUUCCGUAAGGCCAAGCUGCUGCACUACCACAUGAAAUAUUAUCAUGGUGAGGAACAGCCUCCGGAGGGGGAGCGCAGCCCCACCAGGAGUGUUCAGACCAGGGCCUCCGAGAAACAGGUUACUGCCACGGGUUUGGACGGGCCAAAGAGAAGGCGCACCAUCUCUGCCUCUAUGCACACUGUUGGAGCUGCCACAGUUCCCCGUGGUGAGGUGAAGACUGCAGGUAGGCGCACAUCAGCCCCGCCUAUAGUCAACACCCAGGGCCAUCAGCAGAGGGCACUGCUGAGGGAGAAGAGCAAGGAGAACCAGCUGGACAGGAAUGGAUGCCAGCAGCUGGAGAAGGACUCUGACAAGAGUUGCUUUGACAUUGGGUCAGUAAAAGACAAACUGAAAGAGAAACCGAAACAGAAGGACUUCCUACGCAUUAAACUAAAGAAGAAGAAGAAAAAAAAGAAGGCCAAGUCUGACUACACAGGUAGUGAGGAGAAUAUUGACAUCUCAGUAUUGGGUCUUCAGUCCAAAUUGAAUUUGCCACUCAAAUCCCCCCCCUCACACAAUCACAAGCCUGAGGCCUACCCCAGCAGGCCUGGAUACAGCUACUCAGAGCUGAUACAUGUGGAUGAUGAGGAUAGCAUCAGUGACUGGUCCACUGACAGCUGUGGCUGGAGCGACGACGACUUUGGGGUGGAUGUGGACUUCGCUACGCCACCCCUGAGUGUGGACUCUGGUGCGGUGGACACAAGUGACCAAGAGAUCGUACGAUGUAUCUGUGAGGUGGAGGAAGAGAAUGACUUCAUGAUUCAGUGUGAAGAUUGUUUGUGCUGGCAACAUGGCACCUGCAUGGGCCUGCUGGAAGACAAUGUUCCAGACAGAUACACCUGCUACAUCUGCAGGGACCCACCAGGUCAGAGGCAGAGUCUGCGCUACUGGUAUGAUCGUGAGUGGUUGAGCCAUGGUCACAUGUACGGCCUCUCCUUCCUGGAAGAGAACUACUCUCACCAAAAUGCCAAGAAGAUCACCACCACCCAUCAGCUUCUGGGAGAUGUGCACCACCUGGUGGAGAUCCUCAAUGGACUGCAGCUCAAGAUGAGCGUCCUACAGAGCAAUACUCACCCUGACUUGCAGCUGUGGCGGCAGCCCUGGAAGCAUUUGGAGAGGUCACAGAUCAGCUCCGACUCGUGUCGUGGCAGUGAUGCAGCUCCAUCUCCUGUGACUCCCGAUGAGGACAUGAGCCGGGGUGAGAUUUUAAUGUCCAACGCCCUGGAGAAGCUGAGCCGGGCUGCCACAGCGGCCACCUCCUCUUCGUCCUGCUCCUCCUCCCCGUUCCCAUCCUUCCAGGACUCUUACAUCACCAGUGAACAUUGCUACCAGAAACCGCGGGCAUAUUACCCAGCAGUGGAGCAGAGGCUGGUGGUGGAGACCCGACAGGGCUCAGAGCUGGAGGACAGCAUGAGAAGCACGGAGGAACUGUUGGAGCGGGAGCAGCGCUACGGAAGCCUGCUGGAGACAGACAAGCCCAAAUCAACCAGCGCCAGUAACAAGGCCUCGAUCGGUGUCUCUUGGUCCCAGGCUGAGACGAGGGAAGAGGAGGGGAGAGAUCCUGGAGAGGUUGCAGACAACAGCAGGCAGCAUCAGCAGAGGCAGAUCAACCUUCUGGAUCACAUAGAUGCAGUCCAGGAUGAGGUGUCGCACAGGAUGGACUUCAUUGAGAGGGAGCUGGAUGUGCUGGAAAGCUGGCUGGACUACACCGGGGAGCUGGAGCCUCCUGAACCCCUGGCCCGUCUGCCCCAGCUCAAACACCGCAUGAAACGGCUGCUGACGCAGCUGGGGAAGGUGCAGCAGAUCGCCCUGUACAGCUCCACGUGAGGGCGCCAGAGAACAGCAGUGGCCUCAUUCCCCACACAGCAUGCAGAGAAAGUGCAGUGGAGGACGCUCACUACUCUCUGCCUGCAAAGAUAACGAUAUUAAUGCAAGUGCAAGACUCGGAUUGUUCAGCACAUUCUCUCUGACUUGACAUCUGCUGCUGUUUCUCCUUUUGAAAAGGUUCUGUGCGGUGGAAUCCGAUGCUACAGCCAGCCAUAUGAAUAUUUAUAUGAACAUUUAUGGAAAGUCAGCAUCUUAAAUCAGGAUUAAACACAAAAAGUAACCUCGUAAAUGCAGGAGAAAAUCCUUAGGACCAGAUUAUACUUCUAUGGUUCCCAUGCAACUCUAAACCUUAUAAAUGCCUUUUGUCUGAGCUACUGCUUAAACUUGCCCUGUCUCUCUCAGUACACAGUGCUUUACAUGCAGAAGCUUUAUAUUUGAAAUUGCAAUCAAGUUCCUGAACCUACACGGCUUCUUUGCAAUAGAGUUUUGAACACGUUUUCAAAUGGUCACUGUUUUUGCGUUUUACCCAAAGUUCAGUUUUGGUCCUGUGUCAUGCCAUACUGCAUUAAAACUCUCGCUCUCUACAAAUAAUUUGUUCUGUUUUUGACCUACUCAAGGGUUUGUUUUAUACUACACUGUGAAGUUAUUUUUGUCUGGAAUCAAAGUCAUGUUUAUUUUCAGUUUUUAGACCCAACAAGUGUGAUUUCUGUUUCAAUUUAAACUAUGAUGCUUCUUUCCUGACAGUCCUCUCGUCUGUGCAACAGUUUUAUGAGUUAAUCUUUAUGUGUUUGUCGGUUACCGUAUCCCUUACUUCAAUUUACUCUUUGCAUUGUUCUUGCUGUAGCACUUGACCUACGAUUCACUGAAAACUGUAAUGUGGACUUUUCUUAACCUAGCAUUUUGUGCUUUGUCAGUGACAAAUACUACUUAGAAGACCUGUACAUUUUUUCUGUUCUGUUUCAUCUGUUUGUUUACAGUAUUUUUAGUUUGUAAAUAUGUUCUUCAAAAAUGUGCGCUUCUCUAUUGAAAACAUUCUCUAAAUUCAGAUAUUGUAUGCUACUGUACUGUGAGUGUCUGGCUUAGAAGCAGGGAAAUGUCAAAAAACAAUGCAAACAGAUUUGCUGGUACAUAAAUAAAUUGUUAUUACUCAC